GUUAAACAUGGCAGUGGCGAGCGCGGCUGAGACUCUGACGUGGUCUCAGAACGUAUGUACUCUAGGGGAGGCAAUCGUUUCGCACACCCUCCCCGUCCUUGUCAGGGUUGAGGAAAGGAGCUGUGGGCACCAAGACACUACUUUAUCACACGGGGAUAUACUAAAGCUAGACACAAUACACUGGAUACCUAGCGUACAGGCGUGUAGCCUGACACGGAAGUUAGAAUCCUCUUCAUGGGAAUUCAUUCAUAACAAGGACACCUUCUCCAUUCCCCUUGGAUAUAAAGGACUUUUAAGAUUAACCAAUCCGAAUGCACGUAUGACAGUGUUCGGCAGUGUUAAAGAAGUACUGAAAGCAAGGCCAAGGUAUGUUCGGACUAUAGAACCUGUUAUACAAAAUGGCCAGGUCGUUAUCGGUAAGAAAUGUGAUCUAGAAAUCACAAUAUGUGCGGAACAGGUUGUUUGUACAUAUGCUGACAAUACAUAUGUUUUAGAUGAAGAUACAGAAACCAAACUUCUUCACCUUCCUGACGAUUCCCUGUACACAUUACAAGAGGUAUGUGACCGGUAUCCUUACCCACAGUGCGUAUCUUUCAUAAAAAAUGACUAUACUGAAUGGUUACCCGCAGAAAUUGGUACGAAUUUCAUAAGGGAGGUGGGAGCCGACCAAGAGCUCAUUGAGGGAACAUUUCAGCUGAGUGGUGCUAUUCAGCAAGACCUGGUGGUGGGGUGCUGUAAAGCUGUCUGUGAGGCCCCAUGUGGGUCCGGGAUCGCUCCUAAUGAUCAGAAUGUGAUCAUCAUCCGGCCUGACAGUAGUACUGUGAAACACGUGCACGUCGUGGUUUGUCAAGCUGAAAAUUCCAGGGCCUACCAAAGUUUUAUUGGCAGUCAUUUCCAAUGGGAGACUGGAUUAGACCAAUCCAUAUUGGACGAGGCAAUUAUCAUGGAUUUCCUUAUUUUGAAAGAUUCUCGCCCCACAGUAAACAAUACGCGACACCCUACGGAACUGACAGGCAUGAGAGUUUUGUGUCAAAGUCAGACUGCAGGUUUAACGGACACACAGACACCAACGUUAGAGAACAUGCAUCAAGAUGCAAGCUAUAUGGAGAUUGGCUUAUAUGAGAAUGACGAUCAUUUGUAUACUGUACCAGAAACCCGCGGGGAGGCUGGAGGUUUAGAACUACCGAACUGUUAUCACAGGGAUGAUGGAUUCGUGCAAAAGGCAAAGGCGUUGUUCUCAAAAUUGAAUUUGAAAGACAAAGUUCAAAAACUGAAAUCCAAAGUCGUAACAGCGGUUCAACCAGAAACAUCGAAUAUACAUGUAAAUGACAUCACUGAUGAUGAUUACAUUAUUCCAGAAAGACCACUACCAAAACCACCAACACAAACACCACUAAAGCCGCCAACAAAACCAACACUAAACCAGAAGGUCAAGAAAAUACCUAAAGACUCUCACAAGUUUUUGUCAAAACCGAAACUGUUUGUUAAUCAGGAAAAUCCUUACACAGUUCAAAAACUAGAACCGAACACAGCCAGAGUAUUUAAAAAAGAGAUCCAGAGAGAUGUUAUGAGUGAUGUAAGUGAUGGCGACGGGGCAGAUUACGUAAAUGUAGAAAAUGUACUACAGAAACAUACAGAAAUCCAAAAGCCCAAAGACGGCCCUAAAGAUUUGAACAAUGAAGAACCGUCCGUUAGUCAAGAAAACGCUUCCGUCAUGCGGUCGACGAACGAAAUCGACCCACCAGACAAAGUGUUUGCGUCCCUGUCCGUGACUGGACUGGCCAAUCGAUUGGUGACAUGCGGACUGAAAUCUGUGGCUGAAUUUUGUCUCCAAGAGAAGGUGGAUGGUCGCCUGUUUACCACUUUUACGGACGAUGAUUUAAGAGCUGUGUUCUCAAUGAGCCAACUUCAAAUAAAGAAAAUACGAAUGGCACAAAACCUUGGUUGGACACCAAAAGUCUGAGCUGUCAUAUUUCACUGGUGUUAAUUUGCUUGUUAGAAAGUAGCAUGUGAUUUUAUUGCUGAUGGACGAGGGAGGAAAUACGAACUAUCAUAUCAUGGAUAUAUGCAUGGACACAUGUAGUCACUAAGAGUUCAUGUUAUGUAUACUGAUAUUGAUGCAUACGUAUAUGCAAUAAAGAGCAGUUUGUUAAUGCACAAUAGUUAGUGUUAAAACAAUUAAAUAUCUUCUGAUGAAUAAUACGACGGAUCGUUUCAGGCGACAGUUUACAAAACCAUUGCAGAUGUUGUCCCGUGCUAACAAUCUUAUACACGCGCUUUUGUCCCCAAGGAGGUUAUCUAAAUGUCUUAACACUAAUUAAAUAUUGAUAUUUUUAACAGUUAAAGAACACAGGAGAAAUGCAAUGCAAUAUGUUCUUCUGCUGUUUUUAUUAUUGUAUUUCAUUAAGUUAAUUUAUUGACU